CAGCGCCGACCUGCGGCGGGUGCACUCGGCGCGGGUGCAGCAGGCCUUCCUGCCCAAGUUUGAAAACGAGGGGCAGGACGCCGCCGUUGCCGACGCGGUGGUGUCGUCCGCCUGCCUGCCGCCCCCCCUGUCCCGCCCCACCGUGGUCACCCUGAAGCACAGCGGCAGCCUGGUCACGCUGUCGCCCGAGGGCGGCUGGGCGGCAAAGAACUCCGUUGGGAACGAGUACACGGCGGGCGGUGCCGCGCUGCUGUCCGCGCACUACGCGCGUCUGCACCCCGGCAACCCGCCCGCAGCCGCCGCGGCCCUGCAGCGGCUGUUCGCGGUGCAGCGGGAGCGGAGGAUCAGCCUGGCGUUUGAGAUGGUCACCGCCAGUCACGGCCACCACGGGCAGCUCCCCACAGCCGAGUACCUGGUCACCACCGCCGCGCACUCCCUCCACCCACACACCGGAGCACCCACCUUCCUGCCGCCCCUGCCCUUCCUGGAGCUAUGCGCCGAACUGCGACUGCCCACCAAUGACACCUGGAUCCUGGGCGCGGGCGGGGGGCCGGCGGCGGGGGCCGUGGCGGCGGCGGUACGGCAAAC